GCUCCACCCAUUCAGAUCUUUCUCAUACUGAACCCGAACGCGCCUAGCACGUCCGUGUUCACAUUUUCUGCUGUACCUUGAACGAAAUUUCAGAAAGACAACAGCGGACGAAGCUUCGUCAACAGAAGGUCUGUGGUAAACCUAAAACAUAUCUGUCUGUUAUCAGCAACUAUUCUUACUCGUACAAUGGUGAACUGCUGUGGUUUGGUCACUGACAACAAGGAACCAGGAAGGGGAGCUAAAUCGUCCGACUUAGCUCAAAAGAAGAAAAAAGGUGGAAUAUUCUCUGGGUGGUUUGGCAAGAAGAGCUCUUGUAAGAUAGAGGGACAUCCAAAUUUCAGGAAUCCUGGGUUUGAUCGAUCUCGAACACGGGAAAUUGUCUGCUUCACAGGUACAAUGAACUGCUUUGGUCUGCUCACUGAAAAGAAGGAACCAGUUCCUCUGAAGAGCAUUGAUGCUCAACUGGAGGUGAAGGACCAUGUAGCUACUCUGGUCUCCACUCUGAACUAUGAGAACAAGGAGGACAAACCUCUAGAGGCUGUGUUUGUCUUCCCUCUGCCUGGAGAUGCUGCUGUGUGUCAUUUCAGUGCUCAGAUUGGAAAAACACACAUUGUAGCUGAGGUGAAGGAGAAACAGCAGGCUCAGGAGGAGUAUGAUGAUGCCCUGAGCUCCGGUCAGCAGGCCUUCCUGUUGGAGGAGAGUGAUGAGAGUCCAGAUAUUUUCUCUCUGAAAGUGGGCAGGCUGCCUCCAGGAGAGAGCGCCUCCAUCAGGCUGGAGUACGUCACUGAGCUGGCUGUGCAGGCUGAUGAUGGGUUGAGGUUCUGUCUGCCUGCUGUGCUCAACCCUCGAUACCAACCUCAGGGUAGUGAAGGUCCCAGUGUCCAGGUGACCUCAGUACCAGCCUCUCUGGUGCCCUACAGUCUGUCCUUCUCUGCCAGAGUGUCCUCUCCUCGUCCAGUCUCUAAAAUAGAGUCCAGUUGCUCUCUGGAGCCUCUUCAGUAUCUCAACGCUGAUCAAACUCAGGCCACGGUGAAGUUGGGUGGAGGACACAAGUUUGACAGAGACAUUGAGCUACUAAUUUAUUACAAAGACACCCACCAGCCCUCUGCUGUGGUGGAGGCAGGACAGGCCUCUGCCAAACCUGGCUCUCUGAUGGGUGACCCAGUGGUGAUGGUUAGCCUUUACCCUGAGUUCCCCCAAUCAGUGAUGUCAUCACUCGCCACCUGUGGAGAGUUUGUGUUCUUGAUGGAUCGAUCAGGAAGUAUGGGCUGCCCCAUGAACAACAACACACUGCAAGAAACUCGCAUUAGCAGUGCACGGGACACUCUGCUGUUCCUGUUGAAGAGUUUACCAAUGGGCUGCUACUUCAACAUUUACAGUUUUGGUUCCUCCUUUGAGCACAUCUUCCCUAAGAGUGUGGAGUACAAUGAGAAGACCAUGGAGGAGGCUCUGAAAAAGCUUGAAAAGAUGGAGUCUAAUCUUGGAGGAACAGAAAUUCUUCAGCCUCUCAAACACAUUUACAGCCAGGCCUGCAUUCCCAAACAUCCUCGACAGUUGUUUGUCUUCACUGACGGAGAGGUUGGAAACACCAAAGAAGUUACUGAUCUUGUUAAGAAGAAUGCAGGCUCCCACAGGUGUUUCUCUUUUGGGAUUGGAGAAGGAGCCAGCUCUGCUCUCAUCAACGGGAUGGCCAAAGAGGGUGGAGGUCACGCUCAGUUCAUCACUGGGGCUGACAGGAUGCAACCAAAAGUGAUGCAGUCACUCAGGUUUGCACUGCAGCCGUCUGUGGCGGACAUUUCUGUCUCUUGGGAUUUACCAAAGGGAGUGUCCGCCACCGUUCUCUCUCCACCCAUUACAACUAUUUUUCAGGGUCAAAGGUCACUGAUUUAUGCUCAGCUAACUCUACAGAGUUCAGAGGAAGCAGAUGGCAGUGUGACAGUGAAGUACAGCCUGACAGGUCAACCCUCUCAGAGCCAGCUGCACUUCAAUCUCAAACCUGCAGAGGACUCUGGAUUAACAGUCCACAGACUGGCUGCUCGUACUGUGAUUCGCUCCCUGGAGUCUGAGGAGAGGACACAAAGUGAGCAGAAAGAUGAAGACAUGAAGAAGAAGGUGGUGGAGCUCAGUAUCCAAUCAGGAGUGAGCAGUUCUUUCACUGCCUUCAUUGCUGUUAACAAAGACAGCGGCGAGUCCGUUGAAGGACCUCUGGUGCGCAGAAAUGUCGCAACACCUUUCUAUGGAAGGAGCGGGAGGUCUACAGCUCGUUAUAGUUCACCACCUGGUAGAGAUGGAUGUCUGUAUUUAUGCGGACCAAUGACUAUGAUGGAUUACGAAGCUCCACCAGUUUUGGGUGACAUGCUACAAGACUUUCAGGAAGAAUCCAGUGAGCCAGAAGCUGUGCUACCCAGUAAAGACCCUCUGCUGCAGCUGGUGUCCCUGCAGAAAGCAUCUGGCUGCUGGAUGCUUGAUGCAAAUCUGGCUGCUGUGCUGGGAAAGACCAGCGAGCAAGUGGAAAAGGCAAAGCCACAGUCGGUCAACAAUGAAGUGUGGGCGUCCAUUCUGGCUCUGAUCUGGCUUCAUGGUUUUAAGAUGGAUGCAAAGGAGGAGUGGGAGCUUCUGUCUAUGAAGGCUGCAUCAUGGAUUAAAGCUCAAAACGCUCCAUGUGUGUCGGAGUGUGUUGAAGCUGGAAAUACACUGCUGGGUUGCGGCGUGAAGAAAGAAGCUCUGGGCCUCUGAGGUUUACCGACAGGCUUCAGCUCUACUAUGGAAGCAGCACCUCAGUGCAGAAAAGAAAACACUGAAGUUGUUGAUGACCAAGAAUAACCUUAGGACUUUAUUUUCUUUUUGCAAAAUUUAACCAAGAAUCUGCCAGCAUGCCUUUAGAUAUUUACACUCUAUGCAUAAAAAAGAAGCCAUGGAGCAUAGCUUUAUACUUAAACUUUCAGUAUAUGGAUUUUAACCAGUUUUACUGAAACAAUAUGUUCAUGUAAUAAAUGAAUAAAUGCAUAAAAAUAAAAAAGAAUGCCAAUAAUUUAUUAUUUUUUUUAUCCAUGUUUUUGUAAUCACCAUGGAUUUCCUGUUUUUAAGUGUGCUAUAAAACAGAUGUUAAAACUGGAUGAAAAAAUAACAUCAGUGAAUCUUUUCUUCAGCUCCAUGUGUGUCGGAGUGCGUUGAAGCCGGAAAUAAACUGUUGCACUGCAGCAUGAAGAA